AUGGUUCGAUUUUUCUUGAUGUUAUUAACUGUUUGGCAGAUUUUCCUUGCGAUAUUGUCAUGUGAUGAGUUUUUGAUCGUUAGUACGAAAAGUGGUUUCAUAAAAGGUGUCACACAAAAAACAUUUCUAAAACAUCACAAAUACCUAUCAUACAUUGGUAUUCCCUACGCUGAGGCCCCGAUUGGUGAACUAAGAUACAAGGUGCCAGUGCCAAUUUCGCCAUGGAAUGAGAUGCUUGAAACAACUUAUGAAUAUCGAGACGUUUGCCCAGUGCUUGCACAAUCAAAUUUUUUUCCAUUGAAUUCGACUCAAAGCGAAAAUUGUCUCUUUGUCAACAUUUUCACUCCAGUGUUGGGAAGGAAAAAGAAGGCGGCCAAAUUACCAGUAAUGUUUUUCAUUCAUGGAGGUGCAUUCACUGAGGGUGAUAGUACGAAUGGUUUUUAUGGUCCCGAUAUGUUUAUUGAACAAAACAUAGUUCUCGUAACAUUCGAUUAUCGUCUGGGACCAUUUGGUUUUUGUAAUUUUAAUUUGCCGGGCCUGACAGGCAACAUGGGGUUUAAGGAUCAACAGGUUGCUCUCGAAUGGAUCUAUAACAAUAUUAAAUAUUUCGGUGGCAAUCCUCACAAAAUCACUGUAUUCGGCGAAAGUGCAGGUGGUAUUUCUACACAUCUGCAAGUGUUAAACUCUCAGUCGCGAAAGUUUAUUGAUCGCGCAAUUUCGAUGAGCUGUACUGCAUUUAAUUACUUUGCACACUACGAUGAUCAGUUAAAUCUUUUGUAUGACACUUUUGAAGACGAGUUGAAUGGCGAGAGAAAUAAAUAUGCACUGUACGAUUUUAUGAAGACUGCUCCAACUGAAUUGAUCAUACAAAAAACGCCAGCUUUCAAAGUUGAUGAUUCCCUGUUAAUAUUGUAUUGGGGAUUUAAUAUCGAAGAUAAACGAAUUGCUGAAAAACCAUUUUUAACUAAAACUAUCCGCAAAAUUUAUGAAACGACCAAUAUAAAUGUCGAAAUGUUGUUUGGUAAAACCAGUGCCGAGGCGUUGAGUUUGAUCAGAGGAUUAACUCAAAAUGAUCUUUAUGGUUGGGUCGAUCCUAUGAAUCAAAAUUUUAAUGUGAGAGUACCAUUUCAUGGACUUACUUUGUCACAAACAACGCGAAAAUGGAGAGACGUCCAACGAAAAAUUCGCAAAUUUUACUUUGGCACGGGAACAAUAAAGAAAACCUCAUAUUAUUUGAACCGUUAUGUUCAAAUGUUGAGUGACAUAAAUUUCGUUUUUGGAAUUUAUAAAGCAAUUGAAGUACAUCUUAAACAUGCUAAAACAUCUUGCUAUGAAUUUAAUUUGAACUUGCGCUUGAAUUUCGCCAAAAUUACUGAAAAUUUGAAAAUUAUUGACGGAAUGGGACUGUAUGAAGAAAUCGCUUACCUAUUUCGUGCAAACAAAUAUGCUGAAUUAUAUGAUGAAGUUUUAUCGAAUCCAAGCUGUCCCCGCAAUCAAAAAACAUUAGAAGCAUUUAACUUUGCACCUAGACUUUUUGCCAAUUAUGCAAAAACGGGAUCUGGCUUUGGACCCGUGGAAAGAGACAAUAUUGAAUGUGUCAAAAUCAAUAAUGAUGAUUUAAAACAAACCAAUUUCCCAAAAAUUGACGCAAUGGAACUUUGGAGCAACAUCUAUGAAGAACUCAAACCAUGGAUUGUUGAUGAUUUCUAAACCAAUACUUUUUUACCAUAUCUCAGUCAUGAACUUAAAUAAAUAAAACGUAUUUUCUAAAUGCAA